AUGUCGCUAAUACCAUACACUCAUGAUUCCCGCGAGGUCGUAUUGUAUGUUCUCUCUUACUCUUGAGACCAGUCCUAUUCCCUCGCUCACAAUCGUGUAGACGGCGUGGCAAUUCCGUGGUCGUGUACGAUGCCCACUCGAGGCAGCUCUCGGUGAGGGAUGCUUCCGACCAACCCAUCGACUUUUCCGAAUGUCCUUACUGCCACCGACCGCUGCGUGAGAGAGACUCUUCGGGAGAAGAUGGCGAACAUGGAAGAGCCUUCGGGCCCGAACGCCCUUUUGUCGACCCAGACUACUUUGCUAUGCUUGCCGCGAGUCGCAGGCCGUCGCCAGCUUCGUCUGGUCCCUCAACGCCGAGCCGGAGAGUACAGCCUGCACUACGAUCGGGGCGCUCGCGAGAUGUCAGCAGCUCAGCUGAUCCACCCACCGGUGCCGAAUUCGUUGGCAGCGAGCCGACGACAACAACUGGUCAGGGAAUCAGCGCUUCGGCUUUUUCUCCCGGCUACUUCCAGCAAUUCUUCAGGGAAGAACGAGAACUUGGACGUGGUGGGAACGGCGUAGUCCUGCUGGUGGAGCACGUCAUCGACAAUGUUUCGCUUGGUCACUUUGCUUGUAAGAGGAUUCCAGUCGGCGACAGUAGAGCUUAUUUCGAGAAAGUCAUCAUCGAAGUAAGACUGCUGCAGAAAAUCCCGCACAAGAAUCUCGUGGCAUAUCAUUGGACAUGGCUCGAGGACCAUCAGCCCUCUACCUUUGGACCAAGCAUCCCUUGCUUGUGGGUUCUCCAGGACUAUUGUAAUGGUGGUGACUUGCACAGCUACGUUUUGGGGCCCCAGAACGGACCAUCGACGACAGAGAAGCUGAAGCAAAGGCUGCGCAGGAAAUCUAGAGGUGAAAUAAGCCCGCCUCAGGAUGCUCGCGGUCCAAGCAAGCUCGCUUUCGACGAGAUUUUCUCCUUUUUCAGAGACAUUACCUCCGGACUUCACCACUUACACACGAAGGGUUACAUCCAUCGGGAUCUGAAGCCAUCCAACUGCCUGCUGCAACGAGACGGUGGCCGUACCAGAGUCUUGAUAUCGGACUUUGGCGAAGUGCAAGCCGCAGGUACAACACGAGGCUCGUCAGGCGCUACUGGUACCAUUUCCUACUGCGCACCAGAAGUUCUGCAGAGGACUUCCGACGGCUCAUUCGGCAAUUUCACCACGAAAUCUGACAUCUUCUCACUAGGCAUGAUUGUGUACUUCAUGUGCUUCGGCCGAUUACCAUAUGCGAAUGCGGACGAUGUGAAUGAGGAGAACGAGGACCUGGAUCAGCUCAGAGCUGAAAUUACAGGAUGGGUCGGCUUCAAUGAAGAGGCACGCGCUCGUACAGACUUGCCGGAGAGGCUUUACAAAUACUUGAAGAGACUUCUUAGUGUCGACCCGAAUGAGCGACCAAGUACGGAUGAAAUCCUGGCCAGUAUCAAAGGCGGCGUCAUCUUGGAUGAUAAGAAAUGGACCAGUGAAGACUAUAGCCCUCGGGUAUCAUCUAUGGACUCGCCAGCUCCCAAACCCUCUUUACAAAUGCGAAGAUCUUACAUCUCACGACCUGAUCUGCCGUCGACUGGAAGGCAAUCGUCUGGUGAGAGCGUCCGAGACCGGAAUCCCGUGAAACAGGAUCGGUCCCGGAGCAGACCUAUAAGUCCUCUGGAGUCAUCCAUGACAAUAGGUGCGAGGAAGAAGAUCGAGCUACCACCGCGUUCACCUGGAGAAGAGACGCCACCCCAGCAAAGCCCACACUUGAUGCUUCCGCCGCCGCCUGACAAGCCGAUGUACACCUGGCUGGUGCGCAUCACUCACGAGCCACGCAUUACCACUUGUCUGCGAGCGAUCUUCUUCUUGGGCAAGCUUCUCUCGCUAUCCCUGCCUUGCGCUCCCUAUGCGACGAAUCUUUGGCUCCUCUAUCCCCUUGUUGGCCUGGCCGCGUUGGAUUUAGGCCUCUUGGAUUUCAGUCUGCGGCAGUCUCUGAUACUGGCGAGCGUACAUUUUGCGACAAUUUACGUUGCCAGGCAACAUUCACGUUUGUGUGAAGCCGGCAAUGUGGUUGUCUGGGAGGAUCUUUGA